UUCCUGAACGAGCGAGCCCUGAGCAGGGGGCGAGUAUAGAAGAAAGAAUUGGCCAAGUUCCAGGAGGGGCUGACUCGCGCGAGUGGACUCGGCGUCGGAGGAUUUUCGCUUCGCAGCGAUGUCGGCGGCGCGCGGCUACGGCCUGGUGGUGCUCGCGCUCGCGAUCGUCGCGUCGGCCUCGCUCGCGUCGUCGCGGGAGAAGCUGAGCGCCCGGCAGUGCGAAGAUCUGGGGUUCUCGGGCCUCGCCCUCUGCUCCGACUGCAACGCCUUCGCCGAGUACGUCAAGGACCAAGAGCUCGUGUCCGACUGUUUGAAGUGUUGCACCGAAGAUUCUGAUGACGAGACUAGCAAGAUCACUUACUCUGGGGCACUACUGGAAGUUUGUAUGAGGAAAUUAGUCUUUUAUCCUGAAAUUGUUGGUUUUAUUGAAGAAGAGAAGGACAAGUUCCCUUCCGUUAAAGUCCAGUAUGUUUUCAACUCACCACCAAAGUUGAUCAUGCUGGAUGAGGAUGGCCAAUUCAAAGACACAAUAAGGAUCGACAACUGGAAACGUGAGCAUGUCCUGCAGUUUCUGAGAGAGAAGGUUAAACCUGCUUCGCCAAAGUGAAAGGAGUGAGGUUUGGCUGGAGGGAACGUUGUAGAUUAGACAUGAUGUUGCGUUUGAACUUAUUGAAGCAUUCUAGUGAUUCUGUCAUGGAAAGUAGAUGUUUGAUAUUUAUCUCUCCAUAGUUUCGAUGACUGGUUAUGUUAGAAUCUCAUGUGACAAAGGUUUCUGAUUUAUCUCUCUAUAAUUCUGACAACUGGUCAUGUUAGAAUCUCAUGCGACUAAGUUUCUCAUUUUAUAUCCUUUCUCUUCCUUAAAUAUCUGUUUCCCAUUUCGGUAUCAUACUUAGGUAUCCUCUUAGAAGCAACUAGAACUAUCUCUUGUAUGUUUUCCCCCUCAAAGAAAAAUACGAUGAGUUUGAGAAA